UAUCCGACAUGUGUGCACCCAAUUUUGAGAAAUGCAACCAGCCAAGGAUGCAAAAGCAAACUAGGACAUCCAAGUUAGGACUGAUGCUUUUGAGAAAUUACCACAACAAGUGUACAUGGUAUCAGGUAUGCAGAGGCAAAGAUGCUUGGAAAUUCCAAGUUCUUAGACCAAUCAUAAUCAAACACAGAUCCUACAAAAACAUCAUAAAGCAGGCAAUCUGGAGUAACAUAUAGCAAUUGUGCAUUCUAACCGAAGCUCCUCUGAGGCUCUGAGCAGAAGAUGAGGACCAGCUGUGGCGUAUAGUAUCUACCUACCCAACCCAAGCCAAAGUCCAGACCUAACAGUCAACCAUCCAUGGAUGCACCACAACUAAAACUCCCUCUCUAGCUUCUUGCCAACUCUUCAACUCUAUUUUCCUUGUUGCUCUUCCAUUGCUUAGCUACCGGUCUACAGCUCUGACGGAGCACACAGCACAAGGAUCUAGUGGAAGAUGCAAAGUCAAGAAAAGAUAACAACUGUGAAGCCUGUGGCCUCCAGGCCUUUCUCCAGCUUCAGUUCCUUUUCGAAGCUUCUGAAAGACUUCACUACCACUGGUUCCACGCGGAUUACCUCUCCAGGGGAGACUGCUAUAGUUAGGCGGCCAAAGGCAAGGCGCUUCGCAUCGCCACCGAGUGAUCUGUCGACUGGACUCACUGCAACCAUGUUACAGGACGGUGGUUCAGACACCACACAUGAGCAGAUGGUCGUAGACACAGAACAACAAGCAGUCUCUUGUGAUGAACAUCAGACAGUGUUCCACAACAUCAACAAGCCAAUUCACGGUGCGAGAAACCGUUUGUCCUAUGAUGGCUACAACUGGAGGAAGUAUGGGCAGAAGCAAGUGAAAGGGAGCGAGUUCCCAAGGAGCUACUACAAGUGCACCUACCCAACCUGCCCUGUCAAGAGGAAGGUGGAAACUACACUUGAUGGCCAGAUUGCUGAAAUUGUGUACAAUGGUGAGCACAACCAUCCCAAGCCCCAUCUUCCAAAGAAGCCAGUGUCAUCAACGGGUACAGAGGUUGUCAUUGCCGACGUCUAUGAUGCUGGAGCAGAAAGCCAGUUAGGAGGAUGCAAUGGCCUGUCUCUUAUUGAUUCCAAUGUUGUGGCUGAUACAUUCAGAAGGUGUUGUUAUUGCUUCGAUGAGCUUGGAGAAAAUAGUCUGGUCUGUAACUGCAAGGGCAGCCGAAAGGAGGAGCAAUCAAAUGGCCUGGGAGCUAAUGCUGAGGCUGCUCGUGUGUUCCAGGCUUCAACAGAAUGCGAGUCAUCUGAGGAUGCAUUCCGUUGGCGCAAGUAUGGUCAGAAGGCUGUUAACGGCAAUUUGUUUCCAAUGAGCUAAUACAGAUGCAGCACAGCCAGAUGCAAUGCACGCAAGUUCGUGGAGCGUUCAUCAGAUAAUUCGCUGGUAACAACAUAUGAAGGAAGGCACAAUCAUAUUGCUGAACGACUUGGAUGAAAAGAGAAACCAUGCUGAUGUGAUUCAAGGAGAAGAAUACAAUAUCAAUAGUGUGUUCGCGAUGAUGCUAAGAUAGAUAUUCAGAAGACAAGAAUACAAUGUUUAUCUUCGCCUAAUAAUAUUACUGAAUUGAUCCGUCCCCGGACUAAUGUAUUCUGAUUGCUCAGUAACAACUCUUUAGAUAUCACAAGUUACGUUACAACUUACUAAUAUUAAUAUACUAGCCUUAUCUGCCUCUGGUACAAUUCCAUACAGUUGAA